AAGGAAAUUACAUUAUUUCGGUGCAUUGUUGUUUUCCGUUUUAACGAAAUUUCGUCUUAAAAUUAAAAAACUGAAUUCGAUAAUUGCAUCAAAAUAAGUAAAGUCACGAUGGACAGAAAGCAUCAAUGCCCGACAUGCGGAAAGGAAUUUCGACGUAAAUAUAAUUUGCAAGUACACAUGCGAAUUCACAAGAAUUAAAGGCCGUAUAAAUGCAAUUUGUGCGAAAAAAGCUUUACGCAGAAGAUUCAUUUAAUAGAGCACAUAAAAGUGCACUCCGUUGAAAAGCCGUUCAAGUGCUAUUAUAAUGGCUGUGGAGAGAGAUUUAAAUGGAAAUCCGGGUUGGAACAACACAUGUACUCAUUGCAUUCUGACGAAAUUUUAUCUAAAUUAGAUUCCAUUAAACGAUCCAAAGUUAAUGAGUCGUAAAUGUAUCAUCUGCGAAAAAGUUUGUCCAUCUCCCGCAGCUUUAAAGGCUCACAUUAGAACGCACACUGGAGAACGGCCAUUCUCGUGUAAUUUUUGCAACGGCACUUUCACUACCAAAAGUAGUUUAAACAGACACAUCAUCAAAAUCCACCCGAAAGAGAAAACGACAUCUUGCUCCGAACAAUCUGAACAACAGAAUAAAGAAGAGAAUUUUUUGAAGACAUCUUUUAAUAAAACAUUGUCUGCACCAGGAAAUACAAAUAACGAAAACAAGGAUGAUGCAGACCACAAAGACGAUAAUCCUAGAUUGUCGGUAAUAGUAUUUCAAUGUCAUUUAUGUUCCUUCAGCACUCGCUCGAAUGAGAAAUGGUUAAAACAUAAGCAUUGCCAUAUUGAAGACAUUCCUUCCACGUCAACGGAAUCAGAAAAAAGAGACAACGAAGAAGCACAAGCAGCCAGAGAAGGUGGAUCGAAGAAAAAGAAAUUAGAGAUGGUAGAGGCUGAUAAACAUCCUUUUCAUAAGGAUAAGCCUUCUUCUCAACAAUAAUUCUUAAAUAAAUGAAGAAAUAAAAACACGAUAAGAAGAUUAAUAAAAAAAAAUUUAAUUACAUUUUAUUUAUUCGGCACAUUAUCGAAAUCAAUUUAAUUAUUCGCACUUAAUACAAAUGUUUAAAAUAUUGUAAGACACUAAUUAAAUAUACAAUCAACAAACGGCAUUUAUUUAAUUAAGUACUGAAAAUAUUAAGGAAGACGAUUGCAAAUUGUCUUCCUUAAUAUGGAAAUUUAAGAAUUUCCAUAUUAAGGAAGUCAUGGAAAUUUAUAUGAAAAAAAUUUAAUGGCAAAAUUUUAACGUUAUUUUAAAUGAUAUUAAUGUGAGCAUACAUCA